GGGUAGAAGAUUGAUUCUUCAUCUAUUUUUCCCGGGUUGGCGAAGAAAACGAGCCCGCCGCGUGGAUCGCGCGGGUUUUCGUCCGUCACCCGCGCCGUCGCACGGACUGUCUCACGCAACCCACAACAUCGCCACGCAUCCGCGCUGCUUUUAGCCCACAUCCGCACGGCUCUUUUUAUCCUGCCAGGAUAAAGCGGCGGAAGCUAUGGGGUCGCAGUUCGCUGCGCACAGGGCCACCAGAGGGCGCAAGAGAUUGGGUCUUCUCAAGCCAAUCAGCGACCAGCACGUGGCGGCUGUGCUCGGGCAAACCUUUCUGGCGCAACGUGGCUUCCACUCGGUAAGGCAACGGUCCAGCCCCGGGGAAAAAGAGAUCCUGCCCCCAAAGGAAUACUGCCCACGCACGAGGGCUGUUAUCACCUGGGCCGGCUCUUGGGCCCAACAGCAUAAAAGGCCGGCCGCUGGUGGCCUCUCCAACUUGAAGGGCGGCUGCUGUGAUACGCUCUCCGAGAGCUUGCUGCUUUGCUGCCUCGGGGUUAGUCCUCGAACCUCUCAGGCGUUUUUGGUCGCGUUUCUCCCCGUGAUCAGUUGGCUCCUUGGAGUGCGCUUGUUGUGAAAAGUUCUCAAACACACCGUGACGCCCGCCGCCACCGCCGCCGACGCUUGACUCUCUCAGUUUAAGGAGUUGUCGCCAUGGCCCGCUCUGCCACGUCAGCAGCAUCACCGGCCCUGCUGCUCGCCGCGGCGUUCCUCCUGCUGGCGGCGUCCAAUGGCGUGCUGGCACGUCACCACGUCCCCGUUACAAGCAUGUUCCCGUUAGAAGAUGUGGGCACGCCUGAAACGCCCCCCGCUCCUCCCGCUGCUCCCCUCCUCCUCCCCCCCGCCUGUGCCGGCCACCUGUAUGCGAUCCACAAUGAAGGGAUACUCAAGAGCUGUUGCCCUCUCCAGCGACAGUCUCUUCGUGUUCCACUGGACCAUUACUAAAACGGGGAUGAACGGGGCUCUGGAGGCCAAGCCAAGGAGCGGGGGCGAGAAGGGGUGGCUCUCGAUUGGCUGGACACAGCGGGCCAAUCGGAUGCAGCCAGGCGAUGCGAUCGUGGGCAAUGUGCUGCUGCCACGUGGCAGGAGGGUGGCUGCUUAUGCAAUGACGGGGAAAUCGAUGAGCAAGAUAAAUGAGACAAAGAGAGUCAAGCUGACGGGUGCAAGUGUGCAGAGGACCACUGGAGGCCGCACCAUUUUCAAGUUCACCCGGGUUGGCAAGGGUGGCCUUGCUCCUCCCAACUACACGGGCCACAACAACAUGAUCUGGGGCUUUGCCAACACCCAGAAUUACGCCAUCCACACCCAGCGUGGAGGCCUUCUGGUCAACCUGGCAUGCAAAGUCUAGAGGACCUUCAUCCGUAUCAAACCUUCUUAUAACGAGUCUCUUCAAAACUUCUUGCAAUUUCUUUCAGCACAUCGCCGAUGUAGCAUGGCCAUUUUCUUAGUGAGGUGGAUCUGAAUGGAGGUUUUGUAGGCAGAUUGAUGCCUUCAUUGUGGAGUGGAGAAGGCACAUGUUGAAAUGAGAUCAUGAAGAUCAUAUGGACCUUCAUGCGUGAUGUAUUCUUGCUGCUGGGCUGAGUGCAGCCCAUGGAUAGGUAUUUGGCAGAGAUAAGUACUUGAUGACAAACUAGUGAGAGAAAGGCACUAGCGAAUGUAGA